AUGAAGGGAGAGCGAGAGUCGUCCCCAGAGCUGUGCGGCAGCAUACGCGUCGCAAAUCCUAUCCCAUCUCCCUCUCCCUCUCCCUCUCACCAGUCACCUGUCGCUACUCCUAAGAGCGCAGACGACCACAAGACGCCUCCACCGCCGCCCCGACGCCGCGGAACAGUUGCCUGUCGCCGGUGCCGAAGGCUACGGACCAAGUGUCUCCACGGCCCGGAAAGUAACCCACCCUGCGAAGCAUGCCGUUCUGCCGGACCUCAAACCGCCUCAGAGUGCUCCUUUCCUAGGAGAGGCGAGAAGGACGUUGACAGAGACUUCCGACGGAGGCAACCUGCCCAUAGGUUGAGUGUAUCGUCCUCAUCCACAUCACGAGGGACGCCAGCCCUCAACCUGUCAGCUCCUGCUGUUCAGCCACUUCCAGGGGCAGCCUCAAUUCCUGUCGACGCCCCCAUCUUCUCACCGGUCUCAGCCUCAUUUGGCCCCAGCAGUCACCAUCACACAUCCUCUCUGAACAGCACCACACGUCUAUCCAAUCCUACCCCCUACGCAAGCAUGAGCCGCCGGCGCCAAGGGUCGUCUGUGAGCCCAUCAUCCAGCCCCUGUUUCCCCUCUCAUGAAGACAUCGUGGCUGGCUGCCGGUCAUUUGUCACAUCCUACUUCCAGCUUGGUUUCCUCCCCAAAGCAAUCUUCAUCGAGGCCAUCAGCCGGAAUGCCAGCUCAAUCAGCCCCUUCCUGCUGAGCUGCAUACUCUGCAUCUCAGCCAGAUUCACACCAAGCUUGGUUCAGAGGUAUGGCAGCUCAGAGCGGGCAACCGAAAACUUUCUCAGGCUGGCGCGGAUGAUGGUGCCUACAGAGAUGUACGAGCCAUCACUUGAGCGGACCCAGGCCUUCUUCCUCCUGGCCAUCGCCGAGUGGGGCAACGGCGACAAGGACCGCAGCUCCGUCAACAUGGGCGUCGCCGUCAGGAUGGCCUCAAUGCUCAAGCUCCACCGCGAGGAGUCAUAUCUCCUGCCACCCGACGCCGCGGCAGAACAGGUCAUCCGCGCCGAAUCAGCCCGGAGGACCUUCUGGAUGAUCCACAGCCAGGAGAAUCUCCACGCAGGAUACAGCUCACCCGCGCCUUUCCCCCUGGAGGACAUUACCGCCCGUCUCCCCUGCGACGAGCACGACUUUGCUUUUGGAGUAAAUCCGACGCCAAGGUCCGUCCUGCCGGGGACACUCCCAGCACAACUGCACCCAGACUCGGCGAAGUCACCCAACCGCUGCCUCUUCGCCACCCUGAUCCAGUCCCACAACCUCUGGGGUCAGGUGGCCCGGCGCGCCUGCCGGUCCGAUCUCAAGACGCACGGGACGGAGCCGUGGGAGACAGGCAGCGAGUACCAGGUACUGACAGAGGAGCUGCGACGGUUCGAGGCGGAGAUGCCGGAACGGCACCGGUGGUCGGCGUGGAACCUGCGCGGGUGGCGGUCAGAGCAGCUGCACCUCGCGUAUCUAGCGGUGGUGAUGGUGCUGCGCGUGAGCAACAUCGUGGAGCGGCGCAUCUAUCUGGACGAGAUCCUGCUGAGCGCCAACAAUGCCGAUCACAACAACGACAUCACCGCCUCGCCCAAAACGAGGGGCGCGCCCGAUGGCUUCUGGCGCGCCAUGGCGGACGAGCUGUUCGCGGGCGUCGUCGAGCUCCACGAGCAGAUCGACGCCUUUGCCGCACUGCGCACCCGCGGCGAGGGCUUCCCCGCCAUUCUCGUCUUCUGUGUCUACAUCUGCGGGUCGCUCGCCUCUUACCUAUGGCGCUACCCACAAUUGUGCCCGCGAGUGGCCCCCGAGGCAGAGGGUAUCUCCCUGCGCUGCCUGCAGGUCCUGGGAGACCUGCACCAGGCGUGGCCCACGAGUACCAGGUGGCAGCAGGGCUUGCAGCAGAUCGCGAGCCCGCUGUCUGCCACCUCUGGGAGUAGUCAGAGCGGGAGUGCCUCGGGUGACUCACCACCCACGUCGUGUGGCACAUCGGUGCGGUCUGCCUACUCGGCACGGUCAAAUAGUAAACCAUCGCAGUCGCGAGAAAUGUUUAAGGAGGCCAGCCCUACGGCUGUAUUGGAGGAAUCUAUUAUCGACCCAAGGCUCACGGCGUCAAUGCAGAAUGGGGCAAAGGGGGGCGAUGACGUUACUGCCGCGUCUUUCUGGGGUGCAAAUGAGACUGCUCAGGUCUCUAGUGGCGAUGCAGAGGCAUUAUCAAACGAGUUGUUCGAAGCCGAAAUGCGGAACCUCCUGAGUGAGGACGUACAAUUCGGAUGGCUGGACUUCGAACACGGCGGCGAUUAA